AUGUCUGACCGAACGAACGAGAAAGAAAUCGUUAGUGACGAUGGGUCUCCUCGCAAUGCCUCCCCCAACGAUCUCGAUCCUGAAAAACUCAACGAUCCAAAAAUGCGGAAAUUGGCAGGGGAGAUCACAUACGCAGAUGAGACCGACCCGGUGAACACACAGCAUAAUCCUCUGGCUCAAAAGCUACGAUCACGACAUAUGCAGAUGAUUGCAAUUGGUGGAUCCAUCGGCGCGGGUCUUUUUGUCGGUUCAGGUAGCGCAUUGCGAACUGGCGGGCCAGGUAGUGUCCUGCUGGGCUUCAUCAUCACGGGCUUCAUGCUGUUGUGCACGAUGCAAGCCCUGGGAGAGCUGACCGUCCUCUAUCCAGUCAAUGGCGCUUUCUACACCUACAUUGUCCGCUUUGUCGAUCCGUCCUUGGGUUUUGCUGUCACCUGGGACUAUGCAAUCGGUUGGCUAACCGUCCUGCCCUUCGAGCUUACCGCGGCGUCCAUUACCAUUGAGUACUGGAGGGAUGAUAUUCACGUUAGUGUCUGGAUCACCGUCUUCUUGGUCUUCCUUUGCCUGGUCCAAAUUUUUGGAGUGCUCGGCUAUGGUGAGGUGGAAUUUGUCCUGUCUAUGAUGAAGAUCCUCGCAUGUGUCGGCUUUAUUAUAUUUGGUAUCGUCGUUGACUGUGGCGGCGUCUCUUCGGAUGAUCGUGGAUAUAUCGGUGCUCGGUACUGGCACGAUCCUGGCGCCUUUCGAAACGGAUUUAAAGGCUUUUGCACCGUUUUUGUCACGGCCGCUUUUGCCUUUGGCGGCACGGAGCUCGUUAGUCUUGCCGCCGCUGAAGCGGCCGAUCCACAUCGUUCUCUACCCAAAGCAACUCGACAAGUCUUCUGGCGUAUCGCCACGUUUUACGUCCUUUCAUUAUUUAUUGUCGGCCUGAUUGUGCCGUCCGACAGUCCUGAUUUGUUGGGGGCUAGUGGCGCCAACACGAAGGCCUCUCCCUUUGUGCUUGCGAUCAAGUACGCUGGGGUCAAAGGGCUUCCGUCCGUCAUGAAUGCUGUCAUUACGAUUUCGGUGAUUAGUGUAGCGAACAGCUGCACGUAUGGAUCUUCGAGAACGAUGCAAGCACUUGCAGCAAGAGGGAUGGGCCCGAGAUUCCUCAUGUACGUCGACAAGCAGGGAAGACCGCUCUGGUGCAUCGUGAUUCAACUUCUGUUUGGCUGUCUGGCAUAUAUUGGGGAGGCAAAUGCCUCAGACACCAUUUUCACUUGGCUGUUGUCUCUGUCUGCGCUGAGCUUCCUCUUCUUGUGGGGCAGUAUCAAUCUUGCUCAUAUCCGUGAGUACGCACACGGCUUUACCAAACAUCAACUUCCAUAUCAAGCAGCUUUCGGCAUUUGGGGCUCCUACAUUGGCGUCGCUCUCAAUCUUCUUGCGAUCAUCGCUACAUUCUACACCUCUCUCUUCCCGGUCGGCUCUAGUCCAGAUGCAGAAACCUUCUUUGAGCAAUACCUCGCUGCGCCCAUCGUUAUUGCACUGUACCUGGGCUGGAAGGCCUACACGAGAGACUGGAAGCUAUUUAUCCGAUCCAGUGAGAUGGACGUGACUAUGGGCAUCAGACGAGGAAGCCUUGAGAUUGCAGCGGAGAAAGGAAGAAGCAGUUGGACUAAAGCGCUGAGAAUUUUCAUCUAG